CUUAAUUUUUACCUCUUCGAAAAUAACAUAGCAACAGCUGAAAACAAUAUUUUUUUCGUUGAAUGACUUGAGCAGGUGAUUACAGAGCAACAUGGGCAAGAAAACCAAGAAAGAGACGGAGGCACCACCAAAGGACGUGUUUGAUACAUUAGCAGUUGAGAGCAAAAAAGCAGCUACUGUGGUUCUCAUGCUGGAGAGUCCUGAGGAAGAGAUACUUAUCAAGGGAUGUGAAGCUCUCUACAAAUUUGCUGAAAAAUGUGAUGAAAACCGAGGAAUGCUUCUUGAGCUUGGUGCCGGUGAACACCUACUAAAGCUGAUCGCAUCAGAGGAGAAGACCGUCCGUAGGAAUGCCAUCAUGACCCUAGGCGUCAUGUCAGCUCACAAUGAAGUCAGGAGACUGCUAAGAAAAAGUGACUGCGUCCCAAAUCUUAUCAAGUUAUUAGCUCCGGAAGAGGACACCCUUGUCCACGAGUUCUCUAGUCUGUGUCUGGCCAACAUGGCCCAAGAGUACUCCAGCAAGGUCCAGAUCAUGGAACUAGGAGGUCUAGAUCCUCUGAUAGCACUGCUCUCUGACCCUGAUCCCGAUGUCACCAAGAACACCGUGGAAGCAGUAUCUCUCUUGCUCCAGGAUUAUCAAAGCAGAGCAGCAAUAAGAGAUGCCCGUGGUCUGGAACCCCUUCUGGAACUCUUGAAGUCGGACUAUCCGGUGAUCCAGGAGCUAGCCUUACAGAGCUUGACACUUUCUACUCAAGAUGCAGAGAACAGAGAAGCACUCAGAGAACUGGAGGGAUUGGAAAGGCUGGUUGACUUUGUUGGUACAAAAGAGUUUGAAGACCUUCACGUCCAUGCCCUGAAUGUUCUUUCGAAUUGUUUGGAGGACAUCGAGAGCAUGGAACUCAUUCAAACUACAGGAGGUCUUCAGAAGCUACUCGCCUUCGCCGCAGAGUCUGAGAAAUCAGAGGUCCAGGAGAAUGCCUCUAGGGCCAUAGCGAGAGCUGCGAGGAAUCCUGAGAACUGCAAGAUAUUUCAUGAGCAAGAGGGGGAGAAGACGUUAGUUUGUCUCCUCGAGGUUGAUAGCGCACCAGUCCAAGCCGCUACAGCACAGGCCCUAGCCAUCAUGGCAGAGAGCGCCCUCUGUAGACAGACGAUUGCUGAAUAUGAUGGCAUAGCACCUCUUGUCAAACUGCUCGGCAGUGAAAACGGAGAUGUCGCUGAGAACAGCUCCCUCGCUCUGGCCAACCUCACAUCGGCUACCGUCCAAAACUGUGUUGAGCUGGCAGAACGCAAUGGCAUCGAGCCCCUUAUCGGUCUCUUAAACUCGUCAAGAGAGGGCGCCCAAGCCAACGCAGCUCAGGUCUUGACCAACAUGGCGACGGAUGAAAUCUUGAGGGCGGACAUCCAGACUAGAGGAAUUGUAGGAGCUCUGCUCACUCCUCUACAUUCCAGCAAUGCCAAUGUUCAAACUAAGGCAGCAAUGGCACUAGCUGCCUUUGUCUGUGAUACAGAAUCAAGAAACCAGUUGAGAGGGCUAGGUGGCUUAGGUCCUAUGUUGAAGCUUCUUCAGUCUAGUAAUGACGACGUAAGACGAGCUGCAUCUUGGGCCUUGGUUGUCUGCGCUAGUGAUCCAGUCAUUGCCACGGAACUCUGCAAGCUCGGUGGAUUGGACACCUUGAAAGAAAUCCAGCAGUCAUCGACCAGAAAGAAUGGUUUCAGUGACGUAGCACUCGAGAGAUUGCUAGACAGUAUGCUACCCGCUAAAUACAGUCUGAUGGGGUUCCUGGGACCUAAUGAUAUCAUCUGCGAUGGCUUCUAUGAUGCCGGCAAGAUCCGACCAGAAUCUAAAUUUGCGACCUUGGAGGAAUUGAGCGAGCAGGAGGUCAAUCAGAAGAAGCCGAUCUUACUUGUCAAUUGUGGAGCCUCUAAAAGCCCACCUGUCACUCCUGCACCCACAAUCCCGUCAGAACUAGAUGUCAAACAGGAAUCCAAGUCCAACAUCAGAUCGUCAAAAUCGUCCGUCAAAGGGUCAAAGAGAGAGAGCAAGAAGGAACGCGAGGAGAGAGAGCUGCGUGAGAGACUGGAAGCCGAGAGAUUAGCCGAGCAGCAGGCCUUGCUAUCCCAGCAGCCACCUCAGUACGAGGCUCCUGCCGAUCCCGUCUUUGAAGGUUACAUCAGCGACAUGCUCAAUGAUGUCAGCUGUCUUCCGACGACAAGAGAGCAGGUCAUCACGAUUGCGCAGUACGUCAGCAACAAGAUGGGUGGACCGAUCGAGAAGGGAGAGAUGGCUAACUUCAGCUACGAGCUGAGCCUUAGUCAACUGAAGUACGAACUGAAGAGUAAUAUCAUCCCUAUUGGUCGGAUUGACCGAGGUAUCCAUUGCCACCGAGCUCUCCUGUUUAAGGCACUCGCUGAUCGGAUUGGUGUAUCGUGUUCUUUGGUAAGAGGCAACUAUAACAGAGCUUGGAAUGAAGUUAUGCUCACAGAUGAAGAAGACUCGCAAGAAAACCCCAAGUUUCCUCCCAAAGCCUACAUUGUUGACCUUGUCCACCAACCCGGAAGAUUGAUGCGUUCAGACUCUAAUGAUGCCGUUAAUUAUCAAAAGAUUUGAGAUGAUAAUGUGAACAUCAUUGGCCUUUAUGUGUAAUCCUGCCUGGAAGACUGAUGCAUUUAGACUCUAAAGAUGCAGUUAAUUAUCAAAAGAUUUGAAAAAACUAAUGUCAGUUGCCUUUAUGUGUAAUCUCACCCAAUAGACUAAUGCCUUCAGACUCUAAAUGAUGCACUUAAUUAUCAAAUAGAUUGGCCUUGAUGCGUUCAGAUUCCAAUAAUGCAGUUAAUUAUGAAAAGAUUGGAAAUGAUAAUGUAAACAUCAGUAGCAUUUAUGUGUAAUUCUGCCUUGAAGACUAAUGCAUUCAGACUCUAAAUGCAGUUAAUUAUCAAAAGAUUUGAAACGAUAAUAUAUAAUAAUGUCAAUGUCCUUUACAUGUAAUCCAGCCUGGGAGACUGAUAGGUUCAAACUCUAAUGAUACAGAUAGUUAUCAAAAGAUUUGAAACGAUAAUAUCAAAGUCAAUGCUAUUUAAGUGUAAUCCUGCCUGGAAGAAUCAAUGCUUUAAUUUAAGACUUAUUAUGAAAAGAUUUUUAAACGGUGAUGUAAAUCAGUUUUUUAUCUAUUCCACACUACAGGUAUCUAUUCCAUUUUACUAGAAGCCUGCUAUUAAGACCAUUUGCCUACAAAGAUCACCUUAAUUUCUCUGUCUUUGUAUACAGUCUUUGAUAUUCAUGCAGGCACAGUUGAAUUUCCAUGUAUUGAGAGAUCACAUAUGUCUCUAUCUUUAUUAUGUAAACAGAUCUGUCUGAUUGUGAGAUGAUUAUUUGUAUUUAUAAGUAAGUAUAUAGAGAGUUUUGCAAUGAACACAUAUCAAUUCUUAUUGUUGAAAUAUGUGUGUUAUGCAUAGUUGUGUUCAUGAUGAUUGUUCUGUUCUUCAGAAUUGAUCUGAAUAUCUUUUACAAAUUUUAUCAAAACUACUCCACAUUUGUGGCCAUCCUGCCAGCGAUCUUCCGUCCUCUUUUGUGUAUAGUGUCUUAUUGUAGUUUCAAUCUGUGAAAGAACAUUGUGAAUUUGUAUGCAUUUGCUCAGAAACAAUUAUGCUUUAAUAUGAACUGUAACUUUGUGUAAACUACAAA